GACGGAUGUCGCUUGCCCAGAGGACUGCAUCUGUGCCAGAGACUCCGGGACAGUGACCUGCCGUGACGGGAAGGACACCGAGGUACCAGGAGAUAUACCGGAGUGGACGUCCACCUUGAUACUCGAAGGGAGAAACAUUUCAACUUUGCAGCGUGGUGCGUUCAUGAGCAACGGGACGGAGACGGAGUUGACGACACUCUCGCUCUCCUAUAACGGGAUACGGGUUAUUGAACAUUACGCAUUCCUGGGACUUCCUCGAUUGCAUUUGCUGGAUCUUAGCCACAACUCGCUGGUGUUUAUCUCAGCCCGGGCUUUUCACGGGUUACUGGAGCUGCGCUCUCUUUACCUAAAUCACUCGCUUUUACCUCCAGCCACGGAGCAGCUCUCAAAUGCACUCAGCACACAAAGUUUGCCCAACCUCCACCGACUGGAGUUGGCGGGAAACAUGCUAAAGCAUAUUCCACAGAUUCGGUUAGAUAUGCAUAAUCUCCACGCUUUAGUGCUGAUAAACAACUCAAUAGAGAGCAUAGGAGGGGACAAUGUAACCACGUUGUACCAGCAAAGGCGAAUUCGCUUCUACUUAUCUUUAAACCCAUUUCGGUGCAACUGUGAGCUGGAGGCGUUUUACUACUGGUUGAAGAACUCUUCCCAGUGCCCGGAUGCAGGGCGGCUCGUGUGCAGCGAGCCGGAGUCCAGGAGGGGGGUCCCUGUGGAGAAGCUCAGGGAGGAGGACGUGGAUUGUAUGAACGAAAACCUGGAGGCGGUUUCUUACGUGUUUCUCGGUUUGGUGUUGGCUCUGAUCGGGGUGGUGUUUCUCAUGGUGCUCUAUCUAAACCGGGGAGGCAUCAAAAUGUGGCUCAACAACAUCAGAGAUGCGUGCAGGGACCAGAUGGAGGUCUACCACUACCGGUACGAGCAGGACUCAGACCCGAGACUGGCCAAUGUGGCUGUUUAA